UGAAAGCAAACCAGCAUGGCUGACUGACUGACUGGGAACUCAAAGACUGAAACGAGGCCUGCCUCUCGGCUGGUGUCACUAAGAGUUGAGGCAAAAUGGCUCUCCGUAAAUCCCCCUCCUCUACCUGUGCAGAAUCAUGGACCAAUGGUGCAAGCUUCAUGCGAGUGACCACAGCCCUCAGUGAGUCCUCCUCCAUCCACAGCGACGCCCUGUAUCAUCUGACCAAGGACAUGUCCGGGAUGGGACUGGACCCCAUGUCCUACAGCAUCCUGGAACCUGAGCCUUAUAAAGAAGAACCCUGGACUGAGGAAUCACAGAAUUUGUUACAGCGCAACAGCAUGCAGAUCUCCCCGACUGAAGACAAGAUCCCUGUCGUGGGUUCCAUUUCAAGCCCUCAGGCCGGCGGGGAGGGCCUCUACUUCUCUGAUGGCAGACGGAAAGUUGAUUACGUUCUGGUCUUCCAUCAGCGACGGCGCAGCUCCAUUCGAUCUCGCGCCAGCACCUCAGUUUCACACGACAGAUUAUCCAUCGUUUCCAAUGGCAACUUUCCCCCUUCGGCGGUCUCAGAUGCGGCAGCAAGAAGAGGCAGCGUACGGGGAGGGGAUGCUGCCAGUGCCGGCGAGGUGUUUAUGGAACUUGGAGGUGCAGGAGGGAACGAGUUAACGGAGCCAGCUGACCAUGAGAUGCGUUUAAUCAGACAGGAAUUUGAGGCCAACCUGGUGGAGGCCGGCCUGGAGAUAGAGAGAGACAGAGAGUUAAAGACCCACGGUCCCAGCUUCACUCGUCUCCAUGCGCCCUGGCCAGUACUGUGUCGAGAGGCUGAGUUUCUCAAGAUUAAAGUUCCCACUAAGACGAGUUAUGAACUUAAAGAGGAAAGUGGCUUUGGGUCCAGUAUGACUACAAUGUGGAGGAAAAUGAACCAACCUUUCCAGCCUAAAGUACCACACCAGGACCAUGAUCGCACCAAAUUUCUCACACACUGCUUCUCCAGAGACAAACUUCACCUGUACAACAUCACAUCUAAAGACACAUUCUUUGACAACGCCACAAGGGGCCGAAUAGUAUAUGAGAUCCUGAGACGGACGGUGUGUGUACGGACCUGUCAAACCAUAGGCAUCAGCACAUUGAUAGCUAAAGGCGUGUAUGACGCUGCCUUCCCUCUUCAUGACGGUGACUAUAAGGUCAUCGGACACCUUGAGGAGAGGAAUGACAGACAGACUCUGCAUGAAGAGUGGGCCAGAUACUCAGCCUUUUACAAAUACCAGCCCAUUGAUCUCGUCAGGAAGUAUUUUGGGGAGAAGAUCGGUCUGUACUUUGCAUGGCUCGGUGUUUACACUCAGCUGCUGAUACCAGCCUCCAUAGUGGGAAUCAUUGUGUUUGGCUACGGGGUGGCGACAGUGGAUACUAACAUACCCAGUCUGGAGAUGUGUGACGAGCGUCUCAAUUUCACCAUGUGUCCUCUGUGUGAUGGAGCCUGUGACUUCUGGCAGCUCAGCACCGCCUGUGGUACCGCCAGGGCUUCACACCUCUUUGACAACCCCGCCACCGUCUUCUUCGCCAUCUUCAUGUCUCUGUGGGCGGUGCUGUUCCUGGAGCACUGGAAGCGCCGUCAGAUCAGUUUGAGCUUCAGUUGGGAUCUGACAGGCAUCGAGGAGGAUGAGGAACAUCCCAGGCCAAAGUACGAAACCAUCCUCCUUCAGAAAAGACAGCGGAAGCAGAAAAAUGAAAAGAAGAAGAAGAAGAAAAAGAAUGAGCCAGAGAAGCAGGAGGAUGGGACAGUGACAGGGAAGGACAGAUGGAGGCAAAAACUACUGUCUGCCAUGGCUGCAGGAAUACCGGCUGCCAUAGAGAAGUUGACCUGGAAAGACCGUCUCCCUGGAUACUUCAUCAAUGUUUCCUCUAUCCUCUUUAUGUUUGGCUUGACGUUCUCAGCAGUCUUUGGUGUCAUUAUCUACCGCAUCACAGUGUCAGCCCUGAUGGCGAUGAGUCCUGACCCAGAGACCAAGUCUAAUGUUCGAGUGACAGUGACGGCCACUGCGGUCAUCAUCAACCUGGUGGUCAUUCUGAUCCUUGAUGAAAUCUACGGCGCUGUGGCAUUGUGGCUGACUGAGCUAGAGAUUCCUAAAACAGAAACCAACUUUGAGGAACGCCUCAUCCUCAAAGCCUUCCUGCUCAAGUUUAUGAACGCAUACGCACCCAUCUUUUACGUGGCUUUCUUCAAGGGACGGUUUGCUGGUCGACCUGGAAAUUACGUGUACGUCUUCAAUGAUUAUCGGAUGGAGGAGUGUGCACCAGGAGGCUGCCUCAUUGAGCUGUGCAUUCAGCUCAGCAUCAUCAUGCUGGGGAAGCAGCUGAUCCAGAACAACAUCUUUGAGAUCGGCAUCCCGAAGUUGAAGAAGCUGGUGCGUGCGAUAAAGGAUAAAGCACCAACGGAGAAGGAGCUGGAGGAGGAGAGGCCUCCACAGCAGUGGAACUUGGACUACGCCCUGGCUCCCUUUGAAGGCCUCACGCCCGAAUACAUGGAGAUGAUAAUCCAGUUUGGUUUCGUCUCUCUGUUCGUGGCUUCAUUCCCACUUGCUCCGCUCUUCGCUCUGCUCAACAACGUCAUCGAGAUCAGACUGGAUGCCAAGAAGUUUGUUACGGAGCUACGCAGGCCUGUCGCCGUACGUGCUAAAGACAUUGGUAUAUGGUACAACAUACUGAGUGGAAUGGGAAAAUUCUCAGUCAUCAUAAAUGCCUUUGUCAUCUCGUUCACAUCAGACUUCAUUCCUCGCCUCGUAUACCAGUACAUGUUCAGUCAGACUGGCACCAUGCACGGCUUCAUCGACCACACACUCUCGUACUUCAAUGUGUCCAACUUUAAACCUGGCACGGCACCGCAGAACUCAGACCAUGGAAAUAUCACUGUCUGCCGGUAUAAAGAUUACAGGGAGCCCCCAUGGUCUUCAGAAGCGUACACGUUCUCCAAACAGUACUGGUGUGUCCUGGCUGCAAGACUGGCUUUCGUCAUACUGUUCCAGAAUCUGGUGAUGUUCCUCAGCCUCAUGGUUGCCUGGGGGAUCCCUGACGUUCCCAAAACUGUCGUGGAGCAGUUCAAACGGGAGAAGAAACUUCUGGUCGACGUCUUCUUACAGGAAGAGAAGGAAAAAUUCCAGCUCAUCCAGAGCUUCUUCUCCAAGGACACCACCCUGCAGCCAGACAGCCAAACGCUCCACCCGGGCCAAGGCUUGACAAUCCCGAGCCGCUUCAGUACCCUGCCCCCGGGUCUGAUGCAUGGCUUGCAGGGCUUAGCCGGAGAAGGAGGAGGGCCGAGGGCCAGGUGUAGGGCCGCCAGCUUCAGCUUGUUCACCCCGACACCCAGAAAUGAAAAUGAGAAUUCAAGACACACAGCGGUGUGAUAUGUAACACACACAUCUGUAGGGGCUCUUGAGCUAGGCCUCAGGACUGGAGAACAUGUUACUCGGGUGAUUCAGUUUGUGAAUGUCUUUACCUGUGUCUUUUGUGUCCUGGUGUGUCUGACACUAGUGCUGUGAUUUUUUUUUUUUUAAGUUACAGCAUCAUUUUGAACAAAUUUGAGUUAUGUCCACACUGGUUGAAUGGGUGCCCAUGUGUUGUUCCUAAUUGCACCGACUGUUCACCUGAUAAAGUGUUAUCAUUUUUACUUUUUGGUAAAAAUAAAUAAUUUAGCAAGGCACACUUGCUUCAUAGCGUAGUCAAGCAAUAAUUACAGUAUUAGGCUGAACAACUGAAUAUUACAAGAACUUGGAAGAGACUGGAGAUAAAGACAGACUCUUAACAAAUGGACAGAUUCAGUGAUGAACACUUAAUCAACAGACUGAUGGACACAGGCUCAUUACUAGGGCUGGGGACUGUGAGAAUUUCCUGCUUUACGUGCUUAUGCUCUUUAUGUAUUUUUGUUUUUAACAGAAUUUGUAGCAGCUACGACAUUUCACAUUUCCUGUACUUUUCAAUACAUGGUACUGAAAACACACAUGAGCCUUCCAGAGGAGCAAAUCAUUUUCUUUACUGUUUUCCAGCUGAUUUUUCUCUGUAGAUUUCAGGAACCACAUCGGAUCAUUUUCAAACUUUACUAAAAUUGUAAUGUUAGUCAGGCUGGUCAUUGUUUCUCUGCUCGACGUAUUUGAUGAUCAGAUGCACAUGCCAGUGUGGCACUGUGUUGCAUGCCACUUAUAGAUCAUAGACAGUCCAAGCUCUAGUUUUAGAAAUAUAUUAUCUGUGAAGCAAAUGUUUUUCCUGUUAGCAUAUGGACUUCACAGCUGUCAACUGAGAACAGGAUGAUUUAAUAAUCUAAAUGGAAACAGAGAGCCAGCUCUUUUGCAAAUUGUGAAUGACAGUGAACUAGAAGUUAUCUCACUUACAAAUACUUCCCUUGACAAUCUGUCCUUCAUUAUGAAAUACCAGACUGUAUAUUUCCUGCAGGUAAGUAAUAAAUCUGGGGUACUACCACACAUACAGAGGAGCUGCGUCAUGCAUCAGAGAACUUGUGCAACCUCUGGCAGCCAUGUUUGAAGUCUUCAGCUCUUGAGAAACACUGUCAACUGCAUUCAACAUACCAUCUGUUUCUUCAACCAGUCACUUCAUCACUGAUAGAUAUGACUGAUUUUAUGUUUAGAUAUUAGAUUGUUAGCUAACAUAGGCCUACUAUCUGGUCUAACUAUUGCUGUAUAGUUGUUAAAAAACCUAUUAGCAUUCUAAUUAAAUUCAUUUUUUGCAUGUUAAAGUUAAACUGAAAUUUGAAUUAGCACUUUUUGUACAAGGAAAUACAGGCUAUAAUGAUACUGCAGCGGUGUGUAUAAUUUCAAUUUUUCCAAGAAAAGGAUAAAAUCUGUUACCGACGUAUAAGUGGAACCUGUCUUUUGGCAGCAGUUGAUUGAUAUUCGAGGGCCGAUGUUGCUAGGGGACAUGUCAACUUCCACUACCACUACCCAUUGAAAUACAUCACAGAAGGAGGAUUUAUUUACAUUAAUACAUAGACGAUUUCCCCAACCAGCCCACAUGUUAAUUAGCUACUGUGAGUAAUUUACGACCUCUGUCCCUUUAUAUUAAAUACUUUGGAAAACCCAUUGUACUGUGUAAAUGUAUCUUUCAUUCAGAAGUGGAAGCUAGCAAGAUAAACUGACUAGCUUUUUACUCUGUAAGUGGAAGCUAAUUAGCCUAGCUUGCUAACAUUAGCACUGAUCCCCUCUCGACGCUUUUGUCAUCCACAGCUCCUGCAAGGUCCAUGUUCGUCUUGCAUUAUAGAAAGAAGAGGGUCUUGCUAGCGUUACUUGUCUGUCUUUAUGGGUAUGAAUUAGGUUAUGGUAAAUGACCAGACUGUCGAAACUCACAGCAACAGGUAGUCUGUAAACCCUAACUUGUAAUCACACAGUAAUGUGUAUGCAGUUCUCAAAUCACUCAAUCACUCAAAUUACAAAUAGCUAAUAACAUCAACCCUUCAGUGUAACUGCCUAUAUCUGCUGGAAUUUAAGUACUAGGCUAUUAGGGAGCAUUGUUAGUGCCUACCCUAGAUAUUGGAGUGCUCAGCUUACCAGAAAUGACAAGAAAACUGAAGCGCCAUCAUGUCAGAAAAAAAUGAAUGAAAAUUAAUUAAUUCUUCUUUUUGGAAAUUCCAAUUGAAAAAAAAUAAGUAGCCUACAUAGGUCAAAACAAACACCAAUAGCAUUUAGCCCACAGUAGUAUUAGUUGUACAGUACAGUAUGCCGAUUACUUAGCAAAAAUGAAUUUAAUUUCAGUUCAACUUUAACCAUGGAUGUGUCAAGAGACCUGGUUAUGGUGUAGCAGUGUUAGUUCUGCUGCCAGUUGUAUCUUGGUAUCAGAGACACAUUGGCAGUCUUGUUGGCCAGCAAGACUUUUGGGGGUACACACCGGGUUUGGCAACUGUCUUUGGAAUGAAGAGGCACUCUGUUGGCACACCAUAUCCAGCUCUCGUUAUGCUAAGAUGCCGACAUGCUGUAAACCUUCAGAACUAUUUCAGAGGCCUUGUAACUGCUCUUGUAUUUUCAGUACAACACAAAACGCAACAUCUGUCUGCUCAGUUAGGAUUCAGUGACAUAUUGUUAACUUAAAAUGUAUUCACAAGGGAAUCGUGAUAGUGGUGUUAUGCUAGUUUUUGUCAUUCAGGAAGACAAAUGUUUAUCCUUCCCUGAUACCCUCCUUACUUAAGCUGGUGUAGAAGUUCUUUAAUACAUGAUUGUUAGAUGGAUUAUGAAAUAAUUUUUACAUGUUGUGUGAUCUGUUUUGCUUUUAUCUCAUUGGUCUGUUCUUUUUUUAUUUUGUAUUUUGGCCUUUUUUGACCAGAUAGUCCUUGUAAGAUUACCCGGUCAAAUGACAAGUCCUCAGAAAAUAAUAAACAUACAAGGCUGA